AGAACACCAAAUCAUCAGCAGAGUGGAAGAAUUGUGCAUUAAGAAAUUACAACAAGAGAAGCAAACGAAAUGAAGUUGAUAUUUCUUGCGUUUGCGUUAGCAUUCGCACCUGCAUUGGAUGCCCGCUAUGUACGCAAACUAGUUGUUCGACCACCCAUCGCCGUUGUACCAGGAAUUGAUGUCCCAGUUAUUGAAGUAAACCCAGUACCCAUCGUACCAGGAAUCAAACCUCAACCGGUACCAGAAAUUGAAACACCAGGGCUUGAAGUGAACCCCGUCCCCAUCAUUCCAGGAAUCAAACCACAACCAGUUCCUGGAAUUGAAACUCCCGGACUCGAGGUGGACCCUGUUCCAAUCAUUCCAGGAAUCAAACCUCAACCAGUUCCCGGAAUCGAAACUCCCGAACUUGGUGUGGAUCCAGUACCAAUCAUCCCAGGAAUCAAACCCCAACCAAUUCCAGGAAUCGAAACUCCAGAACUUGGUGUAGAUCCAGUACCAAUCAUCCCAGGAAUCAAACCUCAACCAGUUCCCGGAAUCGAAACCCCCGGACUUGAAGUAAACCCAGUACCAAUCAUCCCAGGAAUUAAACCACAACCAGUACCCGGAAUCGAAACCCCCGGACUUGAAGUAAACCCAGUACCAAUCAUCCCAGGAAUUAAACCACAACCAAUCCCCGGAAUCGAAACCCCCGGACUUGAAGUAAACCCAGUACCAAUCAUCCCAGGAAUUAAACCACAACCAGUCCCCGGAAUCGAAACCCCCGGACUUGAAGUAAACCCAGUACCAAUCAUUCCAGGAAUUAAACCACAACCAGUCCCCGGAAUCGAAACCCCCGGACUUGAAGUCAAUCCAGUACCAAUCAUUCCAGGAAUCAAACCCCAACCUGUCCCCGGAAUCGAAACUCCCGGACUUGAAGUAAACCCAGUACCAAUCAUCCCAGGAAUCAAACCACAACCAAUCCCCGGAAUCGAAAUCCCAGAACUUGGUGUAGAUCCAGUACCAAUCAUCCCAGGAAUCAAACCACAACCAGUCCCCGGAAUCGAAACCCCCGGACUUGAAGUAAACCCAGUACCAAUCAUCCCAGGAAUCAAACCACAACCAAUCCCCGGAAUCGAAAUCCCAGAACUUGGUGUAGAUCCAGUACCAAUCAUCCCAGGAAUCAAACCACAACCAAUCCCCGGAAUCGAAAUUCCAGAACUUGGUGUAGAUCCAGUACCAAUCAUCCCAGGAAUCAAACCACAACCAAUCCCCGGAAUCGAAAUCCCAGAACUUGGUGUAGAUCCAGUACCAAUCAUCCCAGGAAUCAAACCACAACCAAUCCCCGGAAUCGAAAUCCCAGAACUUGGUGUAGAUCCAGUACCAAUCAUCCCAGGAAUCAAACCACAACCAGUCCCCGGAAUCGAAACCCCCGGACUUGAAGUAAACCCAGUACCAAUCAUCCCAGGAAUUAAACCACAACCAGUCCCCGGAAUCGAAACCCCCGGACUUGAAGUCAAUCCAGUACCAAUCAUUCCAGGAAUCAAACCCCAACCAGUCCCCGGAAUCGAAACCCCCGGACUUGAAGUAAACCCAGUACCAAUCAUCCCAGGAAUCAAACCACAACCAGUUCCCGGAAUCGAAACCCCCGGACUUGAAGUAAACCCAGUACCAAUCAUCCCAGGAAUCAAACCACAACCAGUCCCCGGAAUCGAAACCCCCGGACUUGAAGUCAAUCCAGUACCAAUCAUUCCAGGAAUCAAACCACAACCAGUCCCCGGAAUCGAAACCCCCGGACUUGAAGUAAACCCAGUACCAAUCAUCCCAGGGAUCAAACCACAACCAGUCCCCGGAAUCGAAACCCCCGGACUUGAAGUAAACCCAGUACCAAUUAUUCCAGGAAUCAAACCACAACCAGUCCCCGGAAUCGAAACCCCCGGACUUGAAGUAAACCCAGUACCAAUCAUCCCAGGAAUCAAACCACAACCAGUCCCCGGAAUCGAAACCCCCGGACUUGAAGUACAACCAGUGCCAAUCAUCCCAGGAAUCAAACCACAACCAGUCCCCGGAAUCGAAACCCCCGGACUUGAAGUAAACCCAGUACCAAUCAUCCCAGGAAUUAAACCACAACCAGUUCCCGGAAUCGAAACCCCCGGACUUGAAGUAAACCCAGUACCAAUCAUCCCAGGAAUCAAACCACAACCAGUCCCCGGAAUCGAAACCCCCGGACUUGAAGUACAACCAGUGCCAAUCAUUCCAGGAAUCAAACCCCAACCAGUUCCCGGAAUUGAAGUGCCUGGUCUUGAAAUAGGACCAGUACCAAUUAUUCCUGGUAUUAGACCACAAUAAAUAGUUGUACUUAAUAUUUAAUCUUUUAGUUUUUUUAGUAGGAAUGUAAUGAUCGGAAUGAAAUAAUAAUUCUUUUGUUAUUUUGAAAUAAAUGGUUGCAAUUUA